AUGACGACAUCACAACCACCAGAUUCGCCGCUCGCCGAGCAGUCCGACGAGGCACUGCUGGAGGAUGCUGCCCUGCUAGAAGAUGCCAAGGCCAUUUCGGAGCAUGGAACGCUGAAAUAUUCAUUACUGGGCCCUUCACUGACGAAAGCCGGGCAAGACUCAGUCGAUCAGUCCAAGGUUUCCGAGAUCAUCUACAACGCCUCGAAAGGAUCCAAAUUCUUCAAUCGAGAAGAGGAACGAGACAAAACCCUUACCAAAAAGAUCGAGCAAAUCCUCGAGAAGAAGCGCCGCCUGGAGAAGCUUGACCUCAGCAGAGACCUGCGCCUCGCCGACCAGCUUAUUACCCAACUCGAACUCUCCCGCGACCUCUCCCAAUACAUCGUCCAUGUCGACUGCGAUGCCUUUUACGCUGCCGUCGAACUUCUUGAGCGACCCGAACUGAAGGAUGUGCCGUUCUCCGUGGGUGCCGGCGUCUUAACAACCUGUAACUAUGUCGCAAGGAAAUACGGCUGUCGGAGUGGCAUGGCCGGCUUUGUCGCUAAGAAGCUUUGCCCGAGCUUGGUGAUGCUCAAGCCCAAUUUUGAGAAAUACAAUGCCAAGGCACACGAGGUUCGGGAGGUUUUGGUGGAAUACGACCCCCGGUUCGAGAGCGCCAGUAUCGACGAGGCGUACCUCAACAUCACCGAAUAUUGCACGGAGAAAGACAUUAGUCCUGCAGAUGCAGUUGAGCAGAUGCGUCGCGAGGUACAUGAAAGGACGAACAUUACGGUUUCGGCUGGUAUCGCUGCCAAUGCGAAGCUUGCGAAGAUCUGCUCCAACAUGAACAAGCCUAACGGGCAGUUCGUGUUGCCCAACGAUCGGACCGAGAUCAUGAACUUCAUGGCGAAACUCCCACCGCGGAAGGUCAAUGGGAUUGGGCGCGUUCUGGAGCGACAGCUGGCCGAGAUUGGCAUUAAGACUUGUGCCGACAUCUACCCAUAUCGACAAUUUCUCAGGCAACUAUUCGGAGAGAAAGCGUACGAGUUCCUCAUCAAUGUCUACCUUGGUCUCGGGCGCACACGGAUACAGCCAGCAGAAGAAUACGAGCGAAAGAGCGUCGGCACGGAGAGCACAUUUCGGGACAUGUCGGACCCUCAGCAGCUGAGGGAGAAGUUGAGGUGGACGGCCGAUGAGCUGGAAAAGGACAUGAAGAGGGCGGAGUGCAAAGGCCGGACGUUGGUGCUGAAGGUCAAGCUGCACACGUACGAGGUCUUCACACGACAAGUCGUAUUGCCAAGAGCUAUUUGUCUAGCCGAUGAUCUCUAUCGUUUCGCUCUACCCAUUCUUGGCAAGCUCGAAGAGGAGAUGCCGGAGAUGAAGCUACGACUCAUGGGUUUGCGGUGCACGCACCUCGUGAGCACCAAGAAGCCCGACACCAUGGCAUUCUUUGGUUUCCGGUCCCGCAAGUCAGAACUGGCUGGGUCUCCAGAGAAGAAGGGCGCUAUUGGGAACCCAGGAAGCACUGUUAGACUGGACGAAGAUGGAUGGGAAAUGUGGCCGGAGGAGGAACUAUUGCGGCUCGACGACGAUCUCGCCUUGCAGGGAGAAGGCCCCGAGGAGUCGGACGCGCGAGUGACGGACGACGACUCGACCCCCGUGCGUAGACAUGGCAAAGAGAUUGCGCCGAACCCCACUAAGGUAGACGCGCCGGUCGAGGAGGACAUGUGGGACUGUCCAAUUUGCAACCGUCCACAAGCACCGGACGAGAGACAGUUCAACGAACACGUCGAUCUAUGUUUAUCGAGGCAGACAAUCCUUGAAGCAGUGCAAGAAGAUGCUCCUCAAGCAACAGGGUCGAGGUCGGUGACGCCAGACUUGAAGAAGGCUAAACCCAGUGGAGAGAAGAAGCGUGGUCGGCCGCCCGCGAGGCUCUCGAGUAACGAUCCUCGACAAAAGAAGCUUUGCUUCGGAUAA